UACAAGGGUACAUCCUCGGGCAGCCCCCUUGACGAGGCCCUAGAGAUGUCCUCUCCAUCGCCUCGUCAACCCUGGUCAAUUGGUCGUACAUGAGUCCUGCAUCUGAGAACACCAUCAGAGGGCAAAGGCGGGGUUGCGAGAUAAGGACCAGUCUGAGCCAGUGAAGGUGCAUUGCUUAUAACCUUGAGCCACCAACAACGCAACGGUGUACGUCAUGCAAGCAAUGUCCGUUGGAGAAUGAACCAGAUACAAAAGUAUACGGGGCACACGCCCGCGCGUGGGAGUUUUUCCCUCUCUACUAUAUAUGUGUUACCUGCACCAAAACCAAAGUGCUCCUGAGGCAUACCUACUAGAUCAUCAGAAGGGAACAACUGGGAUAGCUGGUGCUACCAAUAUUCGCUGCGGUCACCCCUGACACUACGAGGCAACCAAACACGACUAUCAAGACCUGACAUCAUACACACCUCCGCAAUGUCUCCCAAGCAGACUCGGGUCGCUGUCGUAGACUCCAGCUCCGGCGACCGCCUACCAGACUACGCCAGAAUGCUCUUCAAGGCCAAGGCCGACAAACAACUCACCUUUGAGCAGAUCGGCAGCGAGCUGGGACGCAACGAGGUCUCCGUGGCCGCUCUUUUCUACGGGCAAGCGCAAGCAUCCUCGGAGGACGCGCAGAAACUAUCUGCAUUGCUGGACAUCCCUCACGCGGCUCUCGCCAGCUCGCCACUGUGCAGUGGCUUCCCCGACCGCGGGAGUGCAGGUCCGAUGCCCCCCGUCGAGCCGCUCAUAUACCGACUGUACGAGAUUGUGCAGAACUACGGUUACGCGUUCAAGGCGGUCUUGAAUGAGAAGUUUGGAGACGGAAUCAUGAGUGCAAUAGCGUUCUCCACGAAAGUGGACAAGGAGGUUGAUGGAGACGGCGUGACGUGGGCCGUCAUCACUCUUCGUGGCAAGUGGUUGCCAUAUACUCGAUUCUGAGCGUCGAGGGGCGAACAUUGUGUGCCUGGUGGCGUUUCUUUUUAGUACACAAAAAGUAAUCUCAGUUUAGUCAUUGACAGGCACGAUGUAAUAGCUGUUUCAUAAUUGCUGAGAAUGCUUCGAGGUUGUCCGCACCGAAUUUCUCACCGUCUCUAGAACCGUCUUCCGACGGUCUCCAAAUAAUUAUGAGUUGGACACCCGGAUCAGUGGAAACACAAGAUUCCGGUCGGCAAUCAAGCUUUUCUACCAGCAACCAGAAACACAGAUUCUGAAUUUCCACCCAAU